UCUCAUUACACCAUUAUACCAAGCUUUGAUUUCCCACAAAAUGCUUCCACAAAGUCUUUUUCUCUCACUUUUCUUCACUUUGAUCUCUUCUCCUUCGUGUUUUAGCAGUUUCCAGGAUGAUAACCUUGCUAAUUUUCUUGAUGGAACACCUGGCCCAAGUGCCUACCCCCCAUUUUUUGGCACCAUUGAUAAGGACCGGGCCGUUGACUUUGAGGCAAGUUUCGCGAACCUGCAGAUGGAGUACGAAGCUGAAAUCGUCGAUUCCACAAGGUAUGAUCACCUGGGUACUCCUGCAACUUCACUGGGAGAGGUAAAUGUCGAUGAUUUUGGAGCUAAAGGUGAUGGAGUAACAGAUGAUACUGAGGCAUUCAAGACAGCUUGGGAGGAGACUUGUUCUUCCAACACAGCUGUGCUUGUUGUCCCUCAGAAUAAGAAGUAUCAUGUUAAGCCAAUUACAUUUUCAGGCCCUUGCAAAUCUGAUUCUGUAAAGUUGAAGAUCCUGGGAACGAUCAAGGCUUCUGAAGAUCCUUCAGACUAUGCGAAGGAUAGGAGCCGAUGGCUCUUGUUCUACAACAUAAAAAACUUCCAAGUAGAAGGUCAAGGAACCAUCGAUGGCAAUGGAAAGAUAUGGUGGAAAAACUCAUGCAAAAUCAACAUUACUCAACCUUGCACCAUGGCACCAACAGCGGUAUCCUUCGUCCAAUGCGACAACUUGAAAGUGUAUGGCCUCAACGUACAGGAUGCCCAGCAAAUGCAUGUUAGGUUUGAGGAAUCUAUGAAUGUUCAAGCUUCUAAUAUCAUGGUGACUUCAUCAGAGGAGAGCCCUAACACUGAUGGAAUUCAUGUGACACAGUCCGAAAAUGUUCAGAUCAUUAAAACUGUAAUCAAAACAGGUGAUGACUGCAUUUCCAUUGUAAAUGGAUCAACAAACAUUGAAGCCAUAGAUGUAACCUGUGGACCAGGUCAUGGAAUCAGUAUUGGGAGCUUAGGAAAAGGGAAGUCAGAAGCUCGUGUUUCAAAUGUGAUGGUGAAUACGGCAAAACUCAUAGGAACCACUAAUGGAGUGAGAAUAAAGACUUGGCAGGGAGGAUCAGGGUAUGCUGAAAACAUAGUAUUUCAAGACAUUAAGAUGGAAAAUGUGAGCAACCCCAUAAUCAUAGACCAAAACUACUGUGAUCAAGAAACUCCAUGCAAUGAACAGAACUCAGCUGUCCAAAUAAGAAACAUAGUCUACAACAACAUCACAGGCACAAGUGCAACAAAAAUGACCACAAUAUUCAACUGCAGCAAGACCUUACCUUGCCAAGGCAUUGUGCAGAAGGAUAUAAAUCUAGUAUACAAAGAGAACUGAGAAGCAAAUUAACUCUGCAUGUAAUAAUGUCAUGGAGUUGGAGACAAGAGGUAGGGUUUCUCCAUAGUGUUCUUGAGAAGAAAAGGUUGAAUUAUCCAUCUAAGUUGUUUGUAAACAUCAAUUACUUAUACAUAUAGUAAGUGUCAUUUAUGUGUUAAAAACGCGAAACACGUGGAUUAUAUACUAUAACUAGGGAUAACUUGGGGGGAUUUGGUGAUGGUUUACUACAAUAAAGAUUAUACCUAUGGUUUGUUGUUACUCA